AUGACUUUAGAGGCCGCAAUUGUUUGUGUUGAUAAUUCAGAAUGGAUGAGAAAUAGUGAUUUCGAACCAUCAAGAUAUCUAGCUCAAAAGGAUGCUGUCAAUAUCAUUUGUUCAUCAAAAACACAUGGUAAUCCAGAAACAUCAGUAGCUAUAUUAUCAAUGUCUGGUAGACCAGAGAUUUUAGUAACAUUGACUCAAGACCUUAGUAAAGUAUUGGCAAGUUAUGAUGACAUUAAAAUUCAUGGAAAGAUUGAUUUCUCAACUUCAAUGCAAAUUGCUCAAUUGGCACUCAGACAUAGACAAAAUAAGCACCAACAUCCACGUAUUGUAGCAUUUGUUGGCAGUCCACUCAAAGAAACAAAAGAGGAGCUCUGUGAUCUUGCAAAGCGUUUAAAGAAGAAUGCAAUUGCUGUCGACAUCAUUAAUUUCGGUGAAGAAACAACCAAUGUAGAAAAAUUAGAAGCAUUCAUAAGUGAUGUAAAUAAUAAUGAUGAACCAAGUCAUUUAUUAACUGUACCAGCAGGACCACAAAUUUUAUCCGAUAUUAUUAUUCAAUCAAAGACUAUUAUCGAAGGAUCAAGUACCUAUGGUGCCGAAUUCAUCAAUGCCGAUACCGAUCCAGAAUUGGCCAUGGCUUUGAAAUUAUCGUUGGAGGAAGAGAAGCAACGUGUAGAAAGAGAUAGAAAGGCUAGAGGCGAAACUACAGAAUCAGACAACAAGACAGAGGAAUCAAAGGACGUACAAAUGGGUAACAUGGGCGGAGACAACUUUGAUGAUGAUCCCGACCUCCAAGCUGCUUUGGCAAUGUCAUUGCAACAAGAUGUUCCAAUGAGCGAUUCCUCAAACACCACUACUACCACCUCUUCCAACAAUGAAUCAUCUCAACCACAACAACAACAAAACUCUGAUGCUUUUAGAGACCAAGAAUUCUUAAACUCUACUUUAAUGUCAUUACCAGGUGUCGAUCCAAAUGAUGAAAGAAUCAAGAAUGUACUCGAAAAUCUUUCUAAAAAGGAUGAAAACAAAAAGGAUGGUGAUAAAAAGGAAGACAAAUAA